AUGGCUUCGUACUACGUUUAUUUUGAAGCCAAUCCUAGUGAUCCAUAUCAGAUACGCCGAAUCGAAGAAUUGAACAAAACUGCAAAUAGUAAUGUCGAAGCACGUGUAGCAUGUUUCUAUCGUCGCCGUGAUAUAUCAGCCUAUUUGGUUAAUCAAGCUGAUCGACGACAAAUCACAACUCCGUGGGAUGAUGAUGAUGAUGUAUUGAAUGAAGGUGGAUCAACAGUCACAGUACCAAGUACAACGACUGCAUCAUCACAACAAGAAUUAAAUGAUGUACAAAAACAUCAGUUACGUCAUCGUGAAUUAUUUUUAACACGACAAAUUGAAACACUUUUAGCAACAAAUAUAAGAGGAAAAUGUCUUGUAACAUUACAUAAUGAAACUGAAUCAUUUUUAUCUUAUGUCAAUACGGAUGAUUUAUUUUUUUAUCAACUUGUUUAUGACCCACAACAAAAAACGUUGUUAGCUGAUCGAGGAGAAAUUCGCGUAGGUGGAAAAUAUCAAGCUGACGUUCCGUCACAAAUGUCAGUUGAUGAUAAACCCGAUGCUGUACGUGAAGAUCUCAUAUGGAAUUGCUCGACCGGUCUAACUGAAAAGCAAAUUGAACAAUUUCUUAUUGUCGCUAGGUCGAUUGGUACAUUUGCUCGUGCAUUGGAUUGUCCCACGGCAUUAAAACAUCCAAGUAAGAAGACACUUUUUGAUAUACCGGAAAAAACGGGAAAAAUGGUGCUCUUGACGUCAUAUGUAAAAUUAUUUUUAGGUCUUCACAUGAGUGCUGCAUCGGCAUCAAGAGAUGCAACGUUGUUUUUUGCCAUGGACACAUUACAUAAACAUAAUUACGAUCUAGCAUCGGCUACAUGUUGUCUUGUGCCGUCAACAGGUCCUAUCUUAGUCAAAGAUCAAAUGGAAGAUUGGUCGGCAGCCGAAGCUAAUGCAUUUGAAGAUGCCAUUGAAAAAUGUGGCAAACAUUUUAAUGCUAUUCAACGAGAAUUUUUACCAUGGAAAAGUCUUAAAGGUAUAAUAGAAUAUUAUUAUAUGUGGAAAACAACCGAUCGUUACGUACAACAACGACGUUUAAAAUCAGCUGAACAAGAAAACAAACUUAAACAAGUGUUUAUUCCAAAUUAUAAUAAAGCACAUCAGUCUUUACUGCCGCAACGACCACAAAACGAUGGAAAACCAUGUGAAUCAUGUGGAUAUGGUGAUCGGCCCGGACCAGAUCGUCGUUGUCAAGAACGUCCAACUUCAAUCAAUAAAUUUCAAUCAUAUCGUUGUACAGUGGACGGUUGUGGAAAAGAAUGUAAAACAAAAUCACAAUUACAACGUCACUCUACAUUAACACAUGGUAUCAUGUGUCGUGCUAGUAGUCCUCGUCCUGUAUCACGUAAUCGAAAUACAUUUUGUUUAUUUACUACACCAAUAACUCGUGCAGCACGUACAAUUAUGAAUAUAAGACGUUUAGCUCGGCAUAUAUCAUUAUCAGCUGAUGUUGGUGCUAUUAGAAAAGAAUGGGAAAAAGAAUCACAUGAUAUUCAUCAAGUUUAUAAUCGUUUACGUGAAAAUUAUAAAGAACAAAAACAACGUCUACUAAAAGUCAGAUUAGAUGAUGUAUUAAAUAAAGAUAAUUUAGAGAUUGCUAAAACGACAUUUGACGAUAUAACACAACCAUAUACAAAUGAACCCGUUUAUAAACCGGAACAAUUGCGUUUUCCAGUGCCGUCUGAAGAUUUUUUUGCCAAAUUUUCAAAUAUAAAUACGAGCAUUAUGAAAAAACGUCCCUAUGAGUCAACAGAUUCUAGUAAUGAAGGUCCGUCACCAAAACGAACACUGAUUAGUCGACAAAAUUUAAUAAAAUCCAAAUCACCGGUCAGUUAUGCAUCCAUCUUAAGUGUUGUAAAUAACGUCAAAUUGUCUCGUUCUCGAGCGUAUACUGUUUCAUUUAUUGAUGCUCCUGAUGGUAUUUAUUUAAGAGUUACGAAAGAAAUAAAACAUUUACGCAAAGAUAUUCCACAAAAUGAGAUACGUCGUAUAGCACGUGCACCAUGGAAAAAAUUGAAUACAAAUUUCGUUUCAUAUGCGGAUGAUGACAUUGUUGUUCUUGAUUAA